AGUUACAUUUCUAACUCCGCCGGCUCUGGGCACACUCGCAUAUUAAAAAAAUUAGUAUUUUUUUUUCGUUCAUCCUGAAAGUGCUAGUGGACGCCCACUCGAUCCCCAUUCCCGAAAUUCUGAAGUGUAUUUUGGCCCGGCCCCAGGAACGGAACGGAACGGUUUCUCCAGUAAACAACACACAACUUAAACACUCUCCCUUUCGAGGCGGCACGAAUAGCAUAGCAAAUACAACCUGCAUAGAGAGACACAACAACAACAAUUCAAUAUUCGGCGGUUUGUUUUUUGCCAGUGUGUGUGUGAGUGUGUUGUGCGAGUGUGUGUAUGAGCCGCGGCCCGGUGCUCCGGUUGUUGUUGUUGUUGCUGUUCCAAGGAGCAGAAAGAACACAUAAAUAAAUAUACCAAAAAUAUACAUACAUAUAUAUAUUUAUGUGACAAGACAACAAACGCCAGGGAAAAACUGGAAAGGAAAGGAAAGCCGAGCGAAAACAAUUGAGAAAUUAAGGCAGCAGCAGGAAAAGGCAAAGGAAACGGAAAAGGAACCGGAAAGAUGGAUCUAAUCAAUAAGUUCAGCGAUGCAUUCUGGAGUACGCAAAUUUGGCUGCCGCCGAACACGACCUGGGCGGACAUAGCGCCCGGUUCGCGGCAGGAUGUGGUGCACGCCAACUACAAGGACCUCAUCUGGCCCAUUCCAUUCGCCGCUGUCGUCAUGCUGGUCCGCUACACGCUGGAGCGUUUUUGGAUAUCGCCAAUAGGCAAAUCCCUGGGCAUACGUAGUUCUAGACCCAAGAAAGCGGCAAAUGUUCCUAUUCUGGAGACGGCCUAUGCCAAAUCGACGCGAUUGGACAACAAAUGGCUGGCUCCGCUGUCCAAGCAGACGGACAUGAGCGAGCGCCAAAUCGAGCGCUGGUGGCGCCUCCGAAGGGCCCAGGACAAACCGUCGACGCUGGUCAAGUUCUGUGAGAACACCUGGCGCUGCAUCUACUACCUGUACAGCUUCAUCUUUGGCGUGAUUGUGCUGUGGGACAAGCCCUGGUUCUGGGAUGUGAAGAGCUGCUGGUACGGCUACCCGCAUCAGUCAAUCAGCAACGACAUCUGGUGGUACUACAUGAUUUCGAUGUCCUUCUACUGGUCCCUCACCGGCACCCAGUUCUUCGAUGUGAAACGCAAGGACUUCUGGCAGAUGUUCAUCCAUCACAUGGUCACCCUGCUGCUGAUGUCGCUCAGCUGGGUCUGCAAUCUGCAUCGCGUCGGCUCGUUGGUCCUCGUUGUCCACGAUUGUGCCGACAUCUUCCUGGAGGCCGCCAAGCUGACCAAGUAUGCCAACUACCAGAAGCUCUGCGACGCCAUCUUUGCCAUCUUCACGGUGGUCUGGAUUGUGACGCGCCUGGGCUUCUAUCCACGCAUCAUCUACAGCUCAUCUGUGGAGGCCCCGCGCAUUCUGCCCAUGUUCCCAGCCUACUACAUCUUCAACUCAUUGCUUCUGAUGCUGCUCGUCCUGCACGUCAUCUGGACAUAUAUGAUUCUCAAGAUCGUUGUCGACUCUCUGCAGAAGGGUCUGAUGUCCGGUGACAUACGUUCCAGUGAUAGUGAGGAUCUCACAGACAGUUCGGAGAAUGCACGUCUGGCCAAUGGCUCGGCGCGCUCCAAGAACAAGUCGAACAGCGGUGCGACGUCGGGAGGAUCUGCAGCAGGAGCAGGAGCAGGUGGUGCCACCCAGCGCAAGUCCAACAAUGCCAACAACCACACGACCGAGGCGGCAGGAGGAGCUGCGACAACGGCGGCCAAGUAGGCUGGGAUGCGGGUGACUGGGAACGGAGGAUGGAGGAUGGAGGAGGAGCAGCCGGUGGCCACCAGUGGCUGAGCACAGCACCAGUACCACAGUACCAUCACCAGUGGUAGUGGGCACAUUUUCCGAGGGGCAGGAGCAACAACAACAGCAAAACAAACAAAAUCAACACACACAC